GUUGAACUGAUUAAGAAUGUUUAAUACAAACUAAAUAAAUUAUCUUUAAAUUCUUUUUUUUAUGUCUUGUGUAAAAAUUAUCAGAGCUCAAAUCAAAUAAAUGUCGUUUAAUAAAAGAAAAUAAUCAUUAUUGAUUUGUUUCACGUGUAAAGAAACGUAAAAGAUGUUUUUAAAAAUAUUCUACAGCUGACUGUCGAUGCAGGACAAAGUUUUGAUUUUUCUUGAAUAAUAAGAAAAUGGUGGUAUAAAACUCAGAAUGGCGAAUAAAGCUAACCCGUUACCAUAUAUCAAGAAAAGGGAAUAUGGAAUAGUGCCAGAUCUUAAGGCUACGUUGUUUGAAAACAGGUUGAGUGCAGCGAAGAACCUGUAUCGGAAGGAUUUAAAGUGCCAUUUUGGAUGUGUAAAUGCUAUCGAGUUUUCCAGUAAUGGCGAAAUACUUGUAUCGGGUGGAGAUGACAGGAGGGUGAUGUUAUGGCAAUUUGGGCAGGCCAUUGUGGAUCGAGGCCAACCUGAGGCCAUGAAGUCCACCCACCAGUCUAACAUCUUUUGUCUUGGAAUUACUGAUGACUCACAAAAGAUUUACUCUGGAGGCAAUGAUGAUAUGGUAAUUGUUCAUGAUGUGGAGAGCAAACGCCCAGUAGAAGUGUUAAGCCAUCAGCGCGCCGUGUGCUGCCUCAGCAUCGACCCGUUUAACGACCGUGUGGUGUCCACGGCUGGCAACGAUGGUAGACUUCUGCUUUUCGAUACUAGGCAGUCUGUUCAUGAGUCCUUGGUGAUAUCGCGCAGCAGGAAAGCCUUCCACGGAGUGAUGUUCCACCCCACUCAGAAGGACAUACUCGUGUCGGCAAACGCUCGGGAUGGAGUCGCGCUCUGGGAUCUCAAGUCGCCUAAACGCCCGUUGAUCCGUUACUCCGGCAACGGCAACGGCCCUUUCCAAAACAGCAUGUCGGUCCGCUUUAACAAAGCCGGUACGCAUGUACUUGCGCUGCGGCGGCGGCUCCCGCCAGUGCUGUACGCGCUCUACGAGCAAGAGCCGCGUGCAGAGUUCUAUCACCAGGACUACUACAACUCGUGCACCAUGAAGAGCUGCAGUUUUGCAGGCGAGGGUGACAAAUAUGUGCUAUCAGGGUCCGAUGAUUUUAACCUUUACUUGUGGAAAGUUCCUGAACCUGGCAGUGAAGAUGUGGUAGUGGAGAGCCCGCACAUAGUGCUGUACGGGCACCGCUCGAUCGUGAAUCAAGUGCGUUUCAACCCGCAGUACUCUCUCAUUGCCUCGUCCGGAGUUGAGAAAAUCAUCAAGCUGUGGUCGACGAUGGAGUACCCGGCGAUGCGCGGUGAUUUGCUGGAGUGUGCCACUGGCUCCGACAAUCCUCGUGAGAUCUACGGCCAAGAUGACUAUGUGACGCUCAUGCAUCACAAUGGACAGUAUAUAUCACACAACUACACGGACCAAUCCACGAGCGAAGACCCUCGAAUGAUGGCGUUCUUCGACUCGUUAGUGCAACGCGAGCUUGAGUGCCUCGGCGAGAGUUCAGAGUCUUCCGAAGUGGCGCAUCACUCAGAUUCCUGCGAGGAAGAGGCGCAUCUGCUUGCGGACUUCCUGCCGCUCGUGUUGCCGCCCAAGAUACGGAUAAGUAACAGCGCAAAUCGCAGUCAAAGGGGUCCAAAUAGGUUGGCACGGUUGGUAGCGUCGCGGUAUCCAAAGAAUUCCCGGGAAGCACAGAAAAGAGGCACAGUCAGACGCAGCAAGCACCUGGACCGCCGGGCGUUGCUCAGCAAGUUCAAGAUGCUGCCCACGCGCGCGAGCGCCAAGGGCAAGCAGAGGUCGAGCGGCUCGUCUCGACGCGCCCCGCGAGGACUUGAGAACGGGCCGCGGUCGCGUGCGGUGCGUUGCGCUCGCGCCGGGGCGGCGGCGGCGGCGGCGGCGCGGCGCGACCCGCCGUCCAGCGAGCACGACGAGGACGAGCCGCGCCCGCUCUACCGCGCCACAGGACGGAACCUCCGGCCGCUGCGCCGGCGAAUGAAUCUGUCCAGAGCAUCGAAAAGGAAAACUAAAGCUACAAAUACUAGUUACAGAAAGUCUGUGAUGAAUUUAAGAAGCAGUGGAUUCACCCAGGAUAGCGAUAAUGGCGUUCCCCUUUCGAGUAGAGCUGACUAUCUGGAGGGCCUUGAUUCGAUGACGUUACCAAGCACAAGCACAGGUUACAGGGGCGAAAACACAUCGGCGAUAUUUAGAGUGGCGGCCGAUUCCGACGACCAAUCAGGCAGCGGGUCGUCGUCCCCCGCCAGCGUCUGCGACGGCCGCCCCGCGUACCGCGUGCACGGCUUCGACCUCGACUUCACCACUCCGGGACCCUACAGUUUCGGAUCGUACACGAGAAUGGAGGAGUACAUGGCGCAAUACAACGGGGACGAAACGCGCGACUCGCUAAUAGUGGAGCCCCCGGAAUCCGACUCCACCCCGCCGCCCUCGGAAACCAGGCACAGGAGGAAAGGGAGGAGGACGGGCAGGAGCUUGAAAAGGACAGACACCAGCGAGUCACCUCCGCCAAAAGACAACACCGAGGCGACUGUUCCCGAUAGGUUAUCUCCUAAAGAGUAUAAAAACAGGAGUAUAGCGCGCCUGAUGAACGAGACGAACGAGAGCGAGCUGGAGAGCAGCUGCAGCACCGAAGGUAGCAUGUGGGCGGCGCCGGGCUCGCCGGGCACGCCGGGCCCGCCGGGCACGCCGGACACGCCGGGCACGCCGGACAGCGGCGUGGGCACGGCGGCCGGCAGCAGCGCGCAGCGCGCGCGCCCGCCCGCCGGCGACGUGUCCGACGACCAGGACUGGCAGGCGCUUAAGCUUCGCCAGCGGGUCAAAAAGGCGAGGCGCAACUAUACGAAACAUAUGGACUCUGAUUCUAAUUAAUAUGAAGAGCGUUAUAAGAUUUUAUUAGCGUCCAGGUUGGAAAUUGUGACAGAGUAUUUAAAAAAUAUACCUAUUUAAAGAUUCAAAACGGCCUGGAAUAUUGGAAAAGAAGUUCAUAAAUUCCUAUUUCUGGAUUAGGGAUUAGGUACUUUAAGAGCAGUGUUGGGACAAAAAUUGUUGACUUAGGAAAAAAAGCUAAAAUUUUAUUCUAAAUCAUAAUCAAGCAUGGCUCCUUUAUUCUGAUUGAAAUGUAUGUGAUUACAUCUAUAUUUUUAUUCUAAAUGAUAAUUGAAAACUGCUCUUUUUUCGGGUACAUUAUUAUUUUAACUAAUUCCCAACUCUGUUUUUAGAGUUUCAACUAUAAUAAAAACCGGGCAAGUGCGAGUCGGACUCGCGCACGAAGGGUUCCGUACCAUUAUUUAUAAAAACGGCAAAUUAUGUUUGUUGUAUGGGAGCCCCCCUUAAAUAUUUAUUUUAUUUUGUUUUUAGUAUUUGUUGUUAUAGCGGCAACAGAAAUACAUCAUGUGUGAAAAUUUCAACUGUCUAGCUAUCACGGUUCAUGAGAUAGAGCCUGGUGACAGACGGACGGACGGACGGACAGCGAAGUCUCAGUAAUAGGGUCCCGUUUGACCCUUUGGGUACGGAACCCUAAAAAUCGACCAAAAACUCAGUUGGAAAAUAGGGCUCUCACUGUUUUCUCCCUUCAAGUGGAUUCUUAAUAAAUGUAACAUAAUUUCUUGUUACAAUAAUAAGACAUGGCACGCGACGACUUUUUUGCACCAACUCUAAUAAGGAAGCAAUUCGGCGUUGAUAUACCCCGUACCUUUAGAGCACGUACGCACUUGAGGUUAUGAGGUUGUAAGCGCGACGGAGCACCCCACUUCCAAACUGUAAGUUGGCAGUAAAGUCGCCGUGUGGAUGUGGAUUCAUCCUAAAGCGCCAAUUACAUCCACCCUUCCCGAUUUCGGGCCUGAUAAGCGUCUUCGUUUCACGGAAUAUCAGCACAUCGUUAGCAGUGUUUGAAAUUUAAAAAAUACUUUGUCUCUAAUUGGCAAAACGUUCUGUUUGAUAUUUUUGCAUAUGAAAUCAAAUAUUGUAAACGAUGUGCUGAUAUUUGGGGAAAUGGGAAAAAUAUUAUUUCUCGGGUCCGAAAUCGGGUUUGAUAUCAGGCCUGAUAAAGUGUGGAUGUAAUUGGCACUUUAGAAUAGAAUAGAAUAAUAUUUAUUCAGACAACACAUCAAUUAUUACAAAGAAGAAUUUCUUUGUAAUAAUUGUACUUGUUUAAAGCCUUGUUUUUCGGUUGACGCCUUAUUGACUUCCGAAACAAUAUGACGCAUGUACCGUGUGGCGACAACCGGAGACCAAAGCCUAACUCAUAAGAAAUCGAGUGCCACAAAUGUGUAAGUAAUCAGUUUCCUUUUUGAAUAGUUUAUUAUUAUUGUAAAGGUAUUGUGAUCACUAUUAUUAUUAUUAUUACUUAAAUAGUCGUUAAGAGCCAUCAUGUUCUUUAAAAUGGUUAUUAGCAUUAGACCAAUCUGGUGAAUAUAUUAUAUUAACAAAAAUUUUGUUUAUUAUUGUUAUAUUUGGUUUUCCAUAUUUUCAUAUAAACAUAUACCGUAAUUCUGGA